UUUUGACAGACGUCACGUUGUCGGCGGCAAGCGGCGGCACACCCCCAUGCAUGUGAAUAUGUCAUCGUCACGCGUCAAGCUGCAGAAGGAUGAGACGAAGAACCACGGUCGUGUAGGCGCACAGCCAUCAGCACCACCGUCAUGGUCAAAUCAAACCCAGCAUGCACAGACCUCAAAAGCCGCCACCACGACCGAGGAGGAAACCCGGGCUGCCAAGAAGCGGAUGGAGCAACUGCUCGCGUGGCGGGCCAAACGCGACUCGAGCAAUCAAACGAGCGACGACACCAUGACAUCCAAAGUGGACAAGCUUCGGCUUCUUGACCGACAGCCGGCGUCAUUCAAGCAAACGGUCCCGUCUGACAUCGCCUUGUCGUCGUUGGGGGAUGCAAAGCAUACACGCCGACUGUGCCAUGAACCGAAAGCGACGUCGGUGAAUGACCCACCACGUCCAUCCUCGCGGCACCUUCGCAACUUCCAAUUCGGACCCAUCGAAGAGAAAUAUGUUCGACAACGAGAUGGCGGCGACGUCGACCACGACGACGAUGCCGGCGGCGGCGGAGUUGUCCCGACGGAAGUGCCGACACCCGAAACGCCUCCAAACCGUCGAAAACUCGCGAUCAAGCUGGACUUUAGCUCUCCUGGAAUGGACCACGACGAUCACCACACAUCCACCAAGCAAGUCAUUCCGGCGACUUUCAAUCCCAACCAACGUGCCAACAGCAGUCGCCAGCACGCCCCCGUGGACAGCACUUCGUCCCGUCACCACCACGUGCCAGUGUACCAAGCCCAUACGAUUGCUUCCCUGAACCACCAACGAGCGAUGGCCGAGCGCGCCGCCAAGCGGUCUGCAGACCAACAGCUGCAGGUGCAAAGUCGAUCCCGGCAAGGGCGAGUGGAAGGAGUGAGGGGCAGAGCUCAACGCAGCAAGUCCCAAGAAAGCUCCCACGGACAAGAGGGGAAACGACAGCUCCAUCGAUCCAAAAGCCAGACGAAGUCUUGGCGCCCCGACGAAGAUGGCGCGGUCCCUUCUCGAGGGAAUAAGGUGAUGGCCUCGGCUACCUCCAAAGGGGAUUUGGACUUUGAAGAAGGGGGGAUAGAUGCAGUUGACGAUUACAACAACUUCGAUGCCCCUACUGACAAAUGUGAGACGUGGGACAGAGAUCAAAAUGGCCAUAUCCAUCCCACAGAAGAUGACGUCGCCGACGACAAGAACCAACACGUUGAGUUUGAGAAAGACGUCCUGGCCAUGGAUCACUCAGCAUUUGAUGGUGUUGUGAUGUCCCCAGAAGACCUGGACGAUCAUGAGGUCCUUUCAGAUGGAAAUGGCAACGAUGUGGCGCAAUACAAACACAUUGAAACGACUGAGCCGACGUUGCUAGCUAGUCGUGACCAAGGCCUCGAUCUGUCCAAUCAGUCUGCAUGUAGCUCUCCCCAACAUGAAGCCAACAUGUCGUCGGAAGUGCAGGUAGCAGGGCUGUGGACAACUGAAGACUCACAUGACAACCUCUUUCCGAACUCGCCCCAGGACAGCCCGACUGGCGAUAGUGAGAAGGGUCGUUCAACGCUACAACCCAACGACGCUGACGAGGCCACGAACUUGGAUAUUCGAAGCAACGUUGAGGACUGUCCAUCAUAUCAAGAGAAAGCUCCAUCCGACCAAGGUUACGACGAUAGGUGGCAUCAAUCAUCUCCUGCCAGCGAUGACAAUAACAUGUGGAUCGACCAACAAUCUCCAUCCACCGACCACCAUGAUCCAGAGAAAUGUCUACAUGAACUCGACGAGCUUGUGGCGGUAGAGUCGACUUACGAGGCCUCGCCCGUGGAUAAUCCCGUCGACUCGACUCGCCCGUAUCUUGCUCUGGAGCCACUCAGUCCGAUGACCAUAACCGCCAUGUCCCCUCCCACGUCAACCCACCAACAUGUGUCCCCCAAAGCCUCGCCGCUCUUGACAAGCCAAACGUCUGGCAUUCCGUCGUCGCGCCCAGAAGUCCCCUAUGCCCUGGACCUGGACUUGAUCCACCCCGUGUCGCCCCGUGUCCACCAUCCGUCGACACCUCCCAUUCUUCAUGUUUAUGAAUCGCCUGGCCUUGGACAGCCACCACAGACAACACCACCCUCGACACCUUUGACCUCCGUGGACGCCGUUUCUCCACGGCAACAACCCCUCCAUGAGCUACAAGAGGUCGCCACGACUGAGCUUCGCCAACGGCCUAUUCGACGUAACUUCUUGGGCCUCACACCUCCUCAACCCAUCUCGACAUCAUCUCCCAGCUCCUUCAGGGCUCCUGAGCUCAACGCAGUGCACACCCCCAAAGGGUAUGGUGGGCUACGAUAUCCGCAUCAAGAGGAACCAUACGCGACCACCCACCAAACAGAUGUGGGAGUUCCAGACCAACACAACUCAACCAAGUCGACUCCCACAACCACGCCAAUAUAUACAACCCCUACAACGCCGGUGCAGCCUACAACCCCCCCGCCCCCUUCACAUCACUGGGCCGUGUCCCCUCUACACCCAACUGCCCGUGACAACUUUGUAGAUAUGGCCACAUCAGAACCAUCCCAGUCGGCUGAUAAUAUUGCCCCAGGCACCCCCCUGUCGCAAGUGUCCGCUCCUUCGAGCCCCAUCACGGCGGAUCCGAUGGCCGAGUGGGCAUGGGAACCUGAUUACGUCAGUCCUCCCCCGUCGCCACAGUUUAUUUCGUCAGGCGGCAGUUUCGACCACCCAUCGAGUCAACUCACAUCGACGCACGGCGAAACGGUAGCCGUACCCGCCUUGUUCGAGUCGCCGACAGCCACCACCACCCCAAACGCCCCAGCCCAAGAUCAGACUGUAACCCACGAGAGUUUGGGGGAAGCGCGAGACCCAACCGGACUGCUGCUGCCUCACGCCACCUCUGUCACUUCGUCUCCACCUGCCGACAUCCCCCCGAACGCCCCAGCCCAAAACGUUUUCGUUUCCCCUGCGGUUAAGACUGCGAUCCACGAGGGUUUGGGGGAAGCGCGAGACCCAACCGGACUGCUUCUGCCUCACGCCACCUCUGUCACUUCGUCUCUACCUGGGGUACCCACGAUCAGGUCAACUGCGGAGCCUCGCACAGCACCAGGCCCACCAUCACCCUCGUCGUCGAUGUCUUGGGUGGACAUACUGUUGCGAGCCAUCGUGGGCGCGGGGUGUGUGGCCGUAGCCGCGGCCGCCCUGCACGUUCAAGCCAGUCAAACGAGCCUCGUACAGUCCAAACUGCACCAUCUGGUCGCAGACGUCGAGAGCCUGACUUUGCAGGCGGCGGCGUACGACCAGCGAUUGGCGUCGUGGGGCGCGUCGUUAGCUCGGGAUCUGGACGCCAACGCCCGCCACUUGCAUCAAGAUACGACGUUGAUGCAAAAGGAAUUGGAAGACACCUUUGUCCUUACAAAAGAGCGCAACGCCCUCGCCAUGGCCGACGUCCAAGACACGCUGGCGUCCGUUCUAGAACAAGUCCAACACUCCACUGAAACGUCAGCUCAAGCGACGUUGGCCCAAGUGGGCUUGGCUUCCAGCAACGUUGCUGGGAGUAGCCACCCGUCAACAAGUCUACCACAGUUUCUCCACACCAUCCAGCAACGCGUGCAACAAGACCAAGCAACGCUCCAUCUCCUCCGAAACUCCAAAGCCGACAUGGAGAUGGAGCUGCUGCGCUACUUGAACGCCAGCAACGACGACAACGAUGUGUGUGCGACAGACGGCGACGAAAUGUGCCGCCUUGGCGUCCAGCUGGCGGCCGACCAUGACGUGGCACUCCUUGAGGACGACUUGGAAGCGUGGACGGUCGAGCACAACCGUGCCGUGGAUACUUGGACAAGCGAAGUCGGAGCCGCGAAAACGUUCCUGCACUCGAUUCUGUUGGUCGAGCUGGGAAUCGUGGUGCUCAUGUGGAUGCUGUGGCGUCUGCGGCAUGUCCACUUGAGUGUCGACUCGGACGAUAUUGUGUUUAUCCCGCACAUGGGCCGAGAUGACCACUCGGUGCUGUCGUCCUCGUCCGGUGACGACGAGUAUAGUGACGAUGACGACGAUGUUUUUAUCAUAGCACGCGACGUGGGGCCCAAGACCCCCGACGUGACGCGGCACUUGAAGUUCCAGCCAACGCCCCGUAGUGUGCGACGAAGUCCGCGCUUGGAGGAGGCUACUGGACGUGGUGGGUACUAUUGAGUGGUGGCGUCCUAUGUAAUUUAAUGUGGAGUUUGGUUUUUAUUAAUACUAUUAAUACUAGUACGUAGUUUACUACCUAGGAUUAAAAUAUUAUAAUAGUACAAUUUGCUGC